UUUGCGGAGCUUCCUGGGCGGGAGGCCCCUCUGGAGGGGGAAAAAAAUCUUUGUUUUGGGAGUUCGCCCGCGCAGAUAUGAUGUGAAUAUGCGUUGCUUGGCAGCUCGGGUCAACUAUAAGACUUUAAUCAUCAUCUGCGUUCUCUUCACUCUCAUCACAGUCCUACUGUGGAAUAGAUGUUCCAGUAACAAAGGAACUCCAUUUCUGCAUAACCCAAGCAGCAGUUUCAGAGCUGAUGGAAUAGAAAAGCGAGCCGCUGCAUCAGAAAGCAACAACUAUGUACACAGCCCAGCCAAGCAGCAGAGUGAAGAAGCCUCGCCCCAAGAGCAGCAGAAGGCUCCCCCAGUUGUUGGAGGCUUCCAGGGGAGUAAGAUCCUGGGGCUUAAGUAUGAAGAAAUAGACUGUAUUAUCAAUGAUGAGCAAACAAUUAAAGGCAGAAGGGAAGGGAAUGAGGUCUUCCUGCCAUUCUCUUGGGUGGAGAAGUACUUUGAAGUCUAUGGGAAAAUUGCCCAGUAUGAUGGCUACGACAGGUUUGAAUUUUCUCACAGCUACUCAAAAGUGUAUGCACAGAGAGCACCUUACCAACCAGAUGGUGUCUUCAUGUCCUUUGAGGGCUACAAUGUUGAGGUCCGGGACCGAGUGAAGUGUAUAAGUGGCGUUGAAGGUGUGCCACUGUCCACGCAGUGGGGGCCUCAAGGCUACUUCUACCCCAUCCAGAUUGCCCAGUAUGGGCUUAGCCAUUACAGUAAGAAUCUGACUGAGAAACCUCCUCACAUAGAGGUGUAUGAAACAGCUGAGGAGAGAGACCAAAUCAGCCAGCCCAGUGAGUGGACUGUACCAAAAGGCUGCUCUGUCUCAACUGUGCCUGACAAGUCCAAAUUCACAAAUGUUAAGCAAUUUUUUGUCCCAGAAAAUUCUGAGGGUGCAUCUCUACAACUGGGAAACAUGAAAGACUUCAUUAUUUCUUUUGACCUCAAAUUUGUAACAAAUGGGAGCAUUUCUGUGGUUAUUGAGACAACAGAGAAGAACCAGCUUUAUACAGUGCACUAUCUCUCAAACACUCUGCUGAUAGCUUUUAAGGAUAAAGACAUUUCCUAUGGCAUUGGCCCAAGAACUAGCUGGAGCACAAUAACACGAGACCUCGUAACAGAUCUAAGGAAGGGAGUUGGCCUCUCUAACACAAAAGCUGUCAAACAGACAAAAAUAAUGCCCAAAAGAGUGGUGAAGUUAGUGGUGAAAGGAAAAGGUUUCAUUGACAAUGUCACUAUUUCAACCACAGCGCAUAUGGCAGCCUUUUUUGCUGCCAGUGACUGGCUGGUAAGGAACCAGGAUGAGAAGGGUGGUUGGCCAAUCAUGGUGACCCGGAAGCUAGGGGAAGGCUUUAAAUCUUUGGACCCAGGCUGGUACUCUGGCAUGGCACAAGGCCAGGCAAUUUCAACCUUAGUCAGAGCUUAUUUGUUGACAAAAGACCACUUGUUCCUCAGUGCAGCUCUGCGGGCUACAGCACCUUAUAGGCUCUUGUCAGACCAACAUGGCGUGAAGGCCAUCUUUAUGAAUAAAUAUGACUGGUAUGAGGAAUAUCCAACAACACCUAGCUCUUUUGUUUUAAAUGGAUUUAUGUAUUCUCUAUUUGGUCUAUAUGACUUAAAGGAAACUGCAGGGGACAAGGUAGGAAAAGAGGCAAAGUUUCUAUAUGACCGAGGCAUGGAGUCUCUGAAAGCAAUGCUACCACUCUACGAUACAGGCUCAGGAACAAUCUAUGACCUUCGUCACUUCAUGCUGGGAACAGCUCCCAACCUUGCCCGGUGGGACUAUCAUACUACCCACAUCAAUCAGCUCCAACUCAUAAGUACAAUAGACAACAGCCCCAUAUUCAAAGAAUUUGUCAAGAGGUGGAAGAGCUACCUCAGAGGCAGCAGGGCAAAGCAUAAUUAACCAGAGGUGAUAAUAGGUUUGUGGUUUCCUGUUGUCUAUUGCUGUGCUUCAGAAAUACUAUUUUCAAGGCUGAGCUAAGAAAUGUUUGUAAAGGUGAUGUCUGAACUCUGGUAUAUCCAUGUACUUGUGUGCUAUUUAAGAACAAGAUUCUGUUUUGAAAGAAGUGAUCCUUAAAACUCAUAUUUUUAAUUAUUUUGCAUUCCAGUGAUGAAAUACAGUGUGAGGAUAUCAUUACCAAAUAGACAUCCAAUUAAAAGACUAAAUCAAAACCUAUUUUGCUUAUUUACUUCUGCAGUGGUCCAUAGUGACACUUGUUUGCAGGUGAAGUUUCUAUUUAUGAGGGCCUUCCCCCUUUUGGGGGAAAAUUACAGAAACUAUCAUGUUUUUUGUUGCCUAAUAUUUGAUAGAAAACAAAAAUUAUGCCUCUUUAAAAAAAAAGAAAAAUCUGAAUUCUCAUUUCAGACACAAUUAAAAGAUCGUGUGGUGUCAUUACAGAAAACUCUGUUUACUUGUGACCUAAAGAAUUGAUGGCAUCUCUUUGUAUAUUUUUUUCUGUGGUGGAAAAUUUCAGAACUUUUUGCUUUAAUAUUCUAUGUAAAGCUGAAAUUCACUGGUAAGGUGCAACUAGAGUACACCCAUUGAAUUAAUUGGGAUUUGGUAAGUCAGUUCCUCUGUAUGUUCCACUG